AUGGCCGUUUCGCUUCGCCGCAGGAGACCUGUCACAACCUUUGAUUUCCACCGCCGUAGAAGGGAGAAUGGAAAGGCGGCAGAUUGGCAGAUUGGCGGUGGAGUGCCUGCGGGAAUACACAUCAUGCGUGUCCCAGCCUCGAGAAGGGAAGAGGACCAAUGGCUGUCGACCUGCUCGCUCCCCUUCCUUCUUCGUCCUUCUUUCUCCUUCCCCCCUGGCAUCCCCCCUGUGCGGACAGACCGCCUUUCCAUUUCCCGGCUCGGGCAACGGUCGGUAACAGAGCUACGGCAGAGGCUAUAUGCCGGCGGAGCCUGCCCGCAACGUCUGGUUUUCUUCUUAACCAUGUACUCCGUACUGGUGGUCAUCUUGUCAUCUCGCCCAUGCCAUCCAGUUCAUGCAGCAGGCCGGCACUACUCCGCAGAGGAGAGGACGGAUUGCAUUAGCUUCCCCCAGUCUGCAAGAUUCGACGUGGAGCGGCGACCAGACGGUCUUAUUUUCCAGGAAGGAAGAUCGAACAUGUCUGCGGUAUCUUGCAUGCUCGUAAGAGAACGCUCACCCCCCCUGGCCCAUGUCAGCUGGACGGCAUUCGCUGGCCGUUACCCGACGCUCUCAUCCGUUCCUGGAUUCCGUUUCGAGUGGGAUCGAGAGCUUCAGCGCUCCCGAGCUGCAGAGCUGCCCCAAGCAGACGACAACCUCGUGGAAACCCCUCUCCAUCUCGCGGAAUAUAGGAGAAGGGGCAGGCAGAGGUUGUGUCAUCGUGCCAUCGUCCUGGUAGCUGGGACGCGGUCACUGGCUGGCAACGAUCCAUCACAAGGCAACAUCGUAUCACAUCCGCAAAGCAGGGACGGACGGUCUGGCCGGCAUUUGCUGCUCCUGCUCGUACUCACUAUGCAUCUGCUGCUCCAUAUGUACGAGUACGAAUGA